GGUGUGGGCUGGAACUACCCAGGCCUCGUGAGCCGGGGAAGAGAACACCCAGUUCUGCCCUGAAGACUGGAGGAGAGGGACAUCCUCAAGGCCAAGAUUGUUUUCAGAGGAGAAAGAACUGGAUGCCUGGUCAAGUCUGAGGGCCCUAGACUGAGGCCACAGCUCACAGGAGCAUCCAUUCUGUCUGCUUGAACUCAGACUCUUGCCCCCACUCCUACCUCAUCUUCGGCUCCUCCAGGGACUGCCAUGGACUCCGCAACCAAGGAUGAAAUGCGGCCCUCACUUCCCCCCGGCUCUUCCUGCCCAGGGCCUGAGUGGCCAGAGCAGGAGAGGGCGGAGCAGCUUGCCCGAGGAGCAGCACUCAAGUGGGCCUCAGGUAUCUUCUACCGGCCAGAGCAGCUGGCCAGACUGGGCCAGUACCACAGCCGUGAGGUUCAGCGUACCUGUUCCCUGGAAGCACGGAUCAAGUCAGUGGUGCAGUCCUACCUGGAAGGCGUGAAGCCUGGCGUGUGGCAGCUGGCCCAGGCUUCUGAGGCCGUGCAGGGAGCUCGUGAGGCCCUGGGCCAGGCCCAUGGGUUGCUACAGGGUAUGGCAGAGACCACACAGACCCUGAAACCGCUGCGGGAACAGGUUGUACAGCACAAGCGGCUGCAGGUCCUGUCUCAGCUGCUGCCCCGGCUAUGGGCAGUGCCAGCUGCCGUGGCCCACACGCAGACCCUGAUUGAUGCCCAGCGGCUCUUGGAGGCAUAUGUGUGUCUUCGGGAGCUGGAGCAGCUACAAGAGGAGACAUGGGCCCCUCUGGAGGGCCUGGAGUUGCCAGUCUUUGAGGGGCUGGGCCCUCUGGCUGAGGCUCUCGGCCGGGCGGUGGAAGCAGCUGCAGGGGCCGCAGGGCAGCUGGCACGGGAGGACCCAGCCUUGCUGGUGGCUGCUGUGCGUGUGGCGGAGGUGGAUGCUGGGUACAUGGCCUCCCUGGAACUGCCCCCCAGGGACUGGCGGCAGCGCUGUCUGCAGGCCUUACAGGAGGGCCUGGAGAGGACCCACUUUGGGACACCUCUUCUUCCUGAGCCGGGGGCCCUGGCAGGGUGGCUGGAAGCCCUGCGGGUGGCUUUACCAGCUGAGUUGGCUAUAGCUGAAGCACUAGUAGCACCCUGCUGCCCACCACACUACAAAGUGGUCCAGCUGUGGGCCCACACCCUGCACAGUGGACUCCGCCGCUGCCUGCAGCAACUCCUGGAAGGGCCUGGACUAGGAGCUGCUGAUGCCUUCACCUUGCUGCACUGGGCACUGCAUGUGUACCUGGGGCCAGAAAUGAUGGGGAGCCUAGAGUUGGGGCCUGAGGCUGACGUAUCUCAGCUGGAGCCCCUCCUGACCCUGGAGAACAUUGAACAGCUGGAGGCAACAUUUGUGGCCCAAAUCCAUGCAAAUGUGACCCAGUGGCUGCAGAGGGCACUGGACGGGGAGGUAGCUGAGUGGAACCGAGAGCAGGAACCUGGCACAGACUCUUCUGGCUUCUACCACUCACCUAUGCCAGCCAUAGUGUUGCAGAUCCUGGAAGAGAACAUUCGCGUGACCAGCCUGGUCAGCGAGUCACUGCAGCAGCGGGUGCAUGGCAUGGCACUAUCAGAACUGGGCACAUUCCUGAGGAGCUUUAGUGAUGCUCUGAUCCGAUUCUCUCGAGACCACGCCAGUGGGGAAGCAACGGCUCCUCAUUACGUGCCCUACCUACUGGCCACCCUCAACCACCAGUCAGCACUCAGCUCCUCCGUGUCAGGCCUGCAGCCCGAAGGGGCGGCUUCGGGAGCUUUGGCUCCGGUGGAGACAGCGCUGGACGAGUUACAGAGGAGGAUCUGCCGCCUGGUGUUGGAGGCGCUGCUGGCAGAGCUCCAACCCCUGUUCGCGGCUCUGCCCUCACGCUGGUGGCUGUCGAGCCCAGAGCUACUGGACGAUGUGUGCGAGCGGACAGCGCGCUUCUGCCAGGAGUUUAGGCCCGUGCGGAAUCCUGCGGCCCAGCUUCUCCUGGCCGAGGCGGAACGUAUGGUGGUACUGCAGUACCUAAGUGCGCUGAUGCAGGGCCGCCUAGUGUGCCGAGGAGCCCACGAGAGGACCCAGGUGGCCGAGCGCUUGCAGCACGACGCGGCCCAGCUUCGGGAGCUUUUCCUUGGUUUGGGCCUGGAGGAGAGUGUUCAGUGCGCACCAGUGCUCCUCGCUCUGCGGGAUCUGUUGAACCUCCGCGACCCCAUGCUGCUUGGCCUCGAGGUGGCGGGUCUACGACAAAAAUUUCCCGACGUGAGCGAGGAUCAUAUCUCUGCCCUCUUGGACCUGCGCGGGGACGUGUCGCGGGAGCAGCGCCUGGCCGCACUCAGUUCCUUACAGGCCGGCCCUCAGCCCUCGCCCUCUGCCGGUCGCCGCGCACUCUUCAGCCUCGUCCCAGCACCUACUCCUGCGCUGUCCUCUUGCCUUCCCUCGGGGCCCUGUGCCUGACGCCCAGCUGCCCUCCGGAUACAGGGAUGGCCCCCAGACGCCUGAAUUGUGUAUUGGAGAAGGGGGUAUAAAAUAAAAGUGCGAUGAUUA